GGAAGAAUGUCCCUUACAUUGGUGAUCAGUGGGAAGAAUGUCCCUUACAUUGGUGAUCAGUGGGAAGAAUGUCCCUUACAUUGGUGAUCAGUGGGAAGAAUGUCCCUUACAUUGGUGAUCAGUGGGAAGAAUGUUCCUUACAUUGGUGAUCAGUGGGAAGAAUGUCCCUUACAUUGGUGAUCAGUGGGAAGAAUGUCCCUUACAUUGGUGAUCAGUGGGAAGAAUGCUCCUUACAUUGGUGAUCAGUGGGAAGAAUGUCCCUUACAUUGGUGAUCAGUGGGAAGAAUGCCCCUUACAUUGGUGGUCUGUGGGAAGAAUGUCCCUUACAUUGGUGAUCAGUGGGAAGAAUGUCCCUUACAUUGGUGAUCAGUGGGAAGAAUGCGCCUUACAUUGGUGAUCAGUGGGAAGAAUGUCCCUUACAUUGGUGAUCAGUGG